AUGAAUGUGUUAAAAAAUUUCUCCUUUUGCCACUCACUCAACAAGCCUUGGCACAAGUGUGGAGACAAAUGGAUCAAUGAACUACUAGAUGGAUCCUUGAGGCUCCUGGAUGUGUGUGGCAUCAUUAAGGAUGCCCUUUUGCAAACAAAGGAAUGCAUGCAUGAACUUCAAUCAAUUAUGCGCAGAAGACGAGGAGGUGACAUGAGCUUCCUAAGUGAGGUUAGAAAAUACCUUGCCUCUGGGAAGGAUGUCAAGAAGGCCAUGAACAAUGCCUUAAAGGUCAGGGAAAGUAACUGCACAGACAAAAACCACGAGACUCCGGCUGAUCUCGUGGUCAACAUGUUGAAAGAGUUAGAUGCGGUCACUGUUGCUUUGUUUGAAUCCUUGUUGUCCUUUAUAGCUGGUUCAAAAUCAAAAUCAAGCAGUUGGUCAUUUGUUUCCAAGCUGGUGCAGCCAAAAGAGUAG